AUGGAGGAUGCGGAGCUGCGUUGCACGGUGGCCGUGGAGCAGCCGCUGCCGGGGGGACAGGGCCCGCGGCGCCGCGUCAUGCGGGGCGCGCUGGUGCUGCUGGGCCGUAACGAGCUGCGGCAGCCGGUGCUGCGGGUGGUCGGCAGCGGCGGGGCGGCGGCGAUGAGCUUCGUGCUGGCCGGUGAUGUCGUGCGACUCUUCAUGCGGUUCGCGGGCGACGGGCGGGCGGCGGUGCGAGUGGGGCCGGGCGGCGCCCAGGUCCUGCUCUCCGACUGCCCCCCGGACGCGCUGCGCCGCUUCCUCCGUCUCCUGCGGCUCAAGAUCGCCGCCGGGCCGCGGGGCGCGCAGCGCGGUCCCCGCCUGCUGGACCGGCCGCCGCCGGCCUUCGCCGUCAUCAGCCCGCUGCAGGAGCGAGACCUGCUGCGCGUCCCCGGCCGCCUCCGCGGCGGCGAGGCGCGGGGGGAGCGCCCGGCCCAGGUACCCCACGCGGAGAGGCGGCCCCCGGCGAGGCUCUCGGCGGAGCAGGAGGCGGUGCUGAGCGCCGUGCGGAGCGGGAAGAGCAUCUUCUUCACCGGCUGUGCAGGGACCGGAAAGUCGUUCCUGCUGAAGAAGAUCGUGGGCUCCCUCCCUCCAAAGAGCACCUACGCUACAGCCAGCACGGGAGUGGCCGCUUGCCACAUCGGUGGCACCACCCUCCAUGCCUUUGCAGGGAUCGGCUCUGGGAAGGCACCACUGGAACAGUGUAUUCAGCUGGCAGAGAGGCCUGGGGUGCGCCAGCACUGGCUGGCCUGCCAGCACUUAAUUAUCGAUGAGAUCUCCAUGGUGGAUGGCAAGUUCUUUGACAAGCUGGAGGCAGUGGCGAGGGCAGUCAGAAAACGGGAUGAGCCUUUUGGAGGAAUUCAGCUAGUCAUCUGUGGGGACUUCUUGCAACUACCCCCAGUCUGCAACGCUAAUGAAGAAACCAAGUUCUGCUUCCAGGCAAAAAGCUGGAGGAAAUGCAUCCACAUAAACAUGGAGCUUACUGAAGUGCGAAGACAGACUGACAAGACCUUUGUCUCACUCCUGAGUGCAGUCCGUUUAGGCAGGUGCACAGAGGAGGUUACCAGACUGCUGAUGCAGACUGCUUCUAACAGGUCUGAGCAUGAUGGGAUCCUGGCUACGCGGCUUUGCACCCAUAAAGAUGAUGUAGAAGUAACUAAUGAGAGACGCUUGCAACAGCUAUCAGGAAAAGUGCACACCUUUGAGGCUUUGGACAGUGACCCAAUGCUAGUGAAGUUAAUUGAUGCUCAGUGUCCUGUGGGUGGUAGAGUUGAGCUAAAGCUUGGAGCUCAGGUGAUGCUAGCUAAGAAUCUGGAUGUGUCUCAAGGGCUGGUGAAUGGGGCACGAGGAGUUGUUGUAGGAUUUGAAAGUGAACAGAAGGGGCUGCCUAAGGUUAGGUUUCUCUGUGGGGUCACACAGGUCAUCAAAAUGGAGAAAUGGAUAUUCAAAGGACCAUCAGGAGUUCAUCUGAGUCGUCAACAGUUGCCUUUAAAAUUGGCAUGGGCCAUUUCCAUUCACAAGAGUCAGGGCAUGUCUUUAGAUUGUGUGGAAAUCUCCCUGUCUCGUGUCUUUGAAAGUGGGCAGGCUUAUGUAGCCCUCUCCCGAGCCCGUAGCCUUGCAGGUCUCCGCGUUUUGGAUUUUGAUCCGAAAGUAGUGAGAGCUGAUCCUUCUGUGCUGCAGUUCUACAGACAGCUGAGACGUCAUCAGCUUCUAACCCAGGAUUCACUACACACCCAUUCAGGUGCUGAUGAGAAGGAGAACUGGAAAUGCAGCUGAGAAUGUGCUGAUGCGUCAGAGAGGUCAGAAGAGCAGACUGAGUUGCAGCAAUCUUGCUUUUGAGUAUAUUUGAUAACAUAAAGUCAAAGGAAUUUUUGUAGAUAUUUGCUACUCUAGAUGAGUAGCAGUAUCCUGUCUUGUGCCUCUGAAAUCUGGAAGGCUUCUGUAGCCCCCUUCUGGGCCCACAGCCUUGAGUCCUUCUGUCACAGAUGCAACUCUAGCAAACAAAAUGACUGAACAAGCACGUGCCUGAGGGACAUCUAUCCUGUCUGCCUGGUUGCAUUUCAUUCUCCACAUAUGUAGACUGACGCUUGUGUGCCUUUCUUCAAGUAUACCAUGGUUGAAAGAUGGAAGGUGUGUGUCCUCUUUGCCUGGAUGGAUCGGACCUGUUCAGAAGAGCUGCUGACACAAAGAAAGCAGUGCUAAGUAGCUGGAAUACCUGCUUGAUUCUCCUGCAAGUGAGGAGCUGGGCUAUCACUUUAUAGCAUGCUGGGGUGUUCUUGCCUUUCCCAUGCUUAACACCAGGAGGCUUUGCAUAACUUCCUCCACAAGCAGAACUGUAAGAGUUAUACAUUGCCUGUUAUGCUGAUGCAUAGCCUUUUUAUUAGUCUGUUGCAUACAAUAAGAUGUGAUUUUUAUUUUUUUAACCUUCUGAGGUGAGCUGGUACUUCUUAAAAUAGGAAGAAGUCCUACAUCUUAUACCCAUAAUUAUGGAACUACAAGAAUCAUGAAGAUCUGUUACCCCAUUAGCAAGAUGGAUGCUGGUGGGAGCUCCUCUUAUUUUAAACACAUGAGGCUUGCUCAAGUGGGAGAGAGUUUCUGCUGGAAACAAUGUGUCUGACUAAAAGGUGGAAGUUGAAUGUGCAAUAGGGAAUAAUGGCCAAGGACAUGUGAAGUGACCUGUAACUUCACCUGUUUCAGCAAAAGCAGAGAUGAGCAGAACUAAUAUACUGUCUUUUUGAAGUCUUAAUA